ACUCGCCAAGCCAGGCGCACUCAGUCAAAUGGCGCUGCUCCAAAGAGUCACACCGAGCAGCUGAUUUUGAUAAGCGCCACUCGGCGGUUCCAGUGUCUUCUGUUUCCAGCUAGAGUCAGUGCCCGUCGCCGCCUCUGUCAUAUCAGAGUUUGUGAACGACGAACGCGGACUUUAGUGAGGACGGCGUGAUUCGGAACUGGCUCUCACUGUACAUUCAGCAGACUGACUGACAACCAGGAUCUCCAGCCUCUUCAGCCUGAGCUCCUCAGAUCCAGACACAAUGACCAGCUCUCAGUGCACUCAGAGCCCAGACAGUGACCUGGCACCUCUGCAACAUUGCAAGCUCUGCCUUGGAGAGUUCCCCCUGGAGAAAAUGACCGUCAUCUCCCAGUGCCACUGCAUCUUCUGCAGCCUGUGUCUAAAGCAGUACGUAGAGCUGCUCAUCAAAGAGGGUCUGGAAACAGGAAUCAGCUGCCCAGACUCUGCCUGUCCAAAACAGGGCCAGUUACAGGAGAGUGAGAUCGAGUCUAUGGUGGCUGCAGAUGUCAUGCAGCGGUACAAGAGGCUGCAGUUUGAGAGAGAGGUGUUGCUGGACCCAUGCCGGACCUGGUGUCCGUCAUCUUCAUGCCAGGCUGUGUGUCAGCUGAAGGAGGCAGAGGUGUCUGUUCCCCAGCUGGUACAGUGCCCUCUGUGCAGCCUGCGCUUUUGCUCAGCCUGCCGGGGAGACUGGCACACAGGACGGGCCUGCCGUGACAGUCUGCCCAUCAUCACCUUCUUACCUGGAGAAAACAGUUCUGUUUGUAAGAGUGAAGAGGACGAGCCUUCUAUAAAGCGCUGUCCAAAGUGUAAAGUGUACAUUGAGAGAGAUGAAGGCUGUGCCCAGAUGAUGUGUAAAAACUGUAAGCAUGCCUUCUGCUGGUACUGCCUGGAGUCACUGGAUGAUGACUUCUUAUUGAUCCACUAUGACAAAGGACCAUGUCGGAAUAAACUGGGUCAUUCCAGAGCCUCUGUUAUAUGGCAUCGGACACAGGUAGUUGGGAUUUUCGCUGGCUUUGGGCUGCUCCUGCUGGUGGCUUCCCCGUUCCUGCUCCUGGCAACACCGUUCAUCCUGUGCUGCAAGUGCAAGUGUGGCCGUGGGGAUGAUGACCCUUUGCCCACUUAAGUUCUAUCUUCAGCUGUAAAAUUCCAGUUGAGAUCUAACCUGUGCUCUGAAGGAAUCUUCUGGCAGAACACUUUUACACUCCUGCUUUCAAGACUGCGCAGCUGAUUUGGCAACUAUGGGUUGACAAUGACCGCCACUGCAGUAGCUAAGAAUUAGAACAGGCUCUAAAAAUGACGUCAGGAGGCUGAGAUUUUUACCAUUCAGAGUCCGAAUGGGAGUAAAAAGAAGAAUUACUUGUGGAACACUUGCACAGUUUGUUCUAGGAGGCCAACCAAUGGUGUCUGGAGAUGUGUAUUUUUCUUCCAUUGUUUCUCAAGUACAUAUUAACUUGGGUACAGCUUUGAAAGCUGACUAAUAAUGUGCUGUCUCAGUUUAUUUACUGUAUAAAGUUCAUCAAAAGCUGUAGAAAAACAAGCCAUAAACUGAGCUUUUGUAUUUUCCAUGUAGCAAGCCAAGUGACCUGAAUAUUCCUUUUGAUUUUUACCUCACUGCAAAAUAAUCUCUGGUCAUAUUUAUGUUCUUUUGACUUUAAGAAGCUGUGGAAACUCCUGUGUUCAUGACUUAAGUAUCAUCCACUUCAUUUUCCAGUACUUGUUUCACGUUCGUUCCAUGUCUUGGUGCUUUUCAAAAUCUGUCUUCCCUUUGAUAGUAGCUAGACAGAUAUCAUCUUCAGAGGUGGAACAGUCAUCAGUUGAUGACUUGAUAGUCAAUCUAGAAUCAAAAUUUACUGUUUUACCUUUUUUUUUCCCUGGUCGUGAUCUAUUACAUUUAAGAGUUAACAUCGCCAUGCAUCAGCGGGAGGGUAAAAAAAACUAAUACUAACCAAUAACAUUGUGUUUCACCAUCCUCAUCUAUCAUUGAGUCAAAGCAAAAUCUUCCCUGACCAUGUUCCCUUCAGAAAUACAUCAGGGUAUGAAAGGAAAAUAUGCUGAUAUCCAAUUCAUGUUGAAGAAGAUAUUUCUACACUCUUUCAUUAUACAGGUGCCAAAGGCCUUUGCCAUCAUUGCGUUACUGUUCAUCACAAGACCGUUAUAAACACAUUAAAGGAGAAUUCCAGCAAUUUCUCAAACUUACGCAUAAUUUAAAGGAUGAGAUGUAGUUAUAAUUCAGAGAUGUAGUCAAACUCGGAGCAGUUUGCAAAGAAAUGCUACAUUUCUAGAGAAAUUUACAGACUCUGAUUUCUUAGUGAUGGUGACAGCAACCAGAUAUUGUUGUCUACUUCUCAGAUAAAGCUAUUUUAUUUACUAUCCAAAACCACCUGUGAAGUGACACGUGUCUUCUAGCUUUUUGAUGUCUCAGGCAUUAGACAGUAUAUUCAUAACCAUGUCAUUUCAUAACUUAAUGGGAGGGAGCUUUUAGAACCACAAAACUCACCAAAAAUACUUUUUCAUAUCACUAGUACUGUGAACAAUUCUGACUUAGUGAGCUUCUCUAAAAUGGAACAAUUGACAAAAAACACUUAACCCUUUGCUUAUGCACAAAAAGGAAAAAUCUGUGCAAUUUUUCUUUGCUGUGAUGGUGGUGGUGAUGAUUAUGAUGACGAUGGUGAAAUGUGCAGUUGCAGUCUUCUUUUAGCAAUUUAUAUUUAUUUUUCUGCCCUAUCCUCGUAACUCAUACAGAAAGCUCUUGUCCCUGAUCUGGGCAAAGUUGUUCUACCCUACCAACCUAUUAGGGUCAGGGUAAUCUUUUUUGGAAACAACUUGCAUUCUUUGCCAAAUACAGUGUUGAAACCUACUUCUUGGCCACACUUUCAGCGAAUCUCUUAGUCUAAUGUGUUUGUGACCUUUUUUGGAAGUUAAAUAUGCCUUUUUGUUUUCUGGUUUUUCAGUUUCAUUCAAGUGGAGAAAUAGUUUUAUGUAGAUUACUAUGUUUUAUUUGGAUUCACAUUUCUUUGGUUUAUAAAUAUAUCUGUGUUGAAAUGAAAUGGUCAUGUUCCUUAUGUCAGCACCAUUAAACAACAUUUAAAAAGCAGA